AUGACGAACUGCUCGCCAAUCGAUCCCGACUCUGUCCUCUACAGCUGGCUCUUGGGGGGUCCUCAUAGUGUAUACUGGUUCCCGAACCUCAAUGAUGACACUCUGUACAAGACAAAAGUUAAAUCCCUAUCGCCGAUUGCUAAAUCUAUCAUGGUGGCAAUAACAAGUCAUCGAACUCUUAAAAGCCCUUAUACAGAUGCCAAAGGCCUGAAAGCAGACUUGUUUAGACCACUGACUAUACAAGAGGUUGUAGAGGCGCGAGAGAAAACCUGGUGUUACGGAGUAACAACGAAUCGAGAGAACUCCAUCGAGUUCGACGGAUUAGGAAGGAGAACGGCGAGAGUUGGACGCAGUGCUGCAGGGACUGCUCCAGGCUCAAAGGAUAUUGAAGGCACGUCUUCCGGAACCGUUGAGAUCACCUACGAGUACCUCGGAGGCGGGGGAAGGAUGUUAACUACAUCUCAACCAAAAAGACCGGGAAUUCGCCAUGAAUCAACCUAUUUCUACGACCCAGGGGGGAAGGGAUUGAGAAAGAAACAAAGUGGAGCUCGACGGAAUCGAAUGUUCCGUUCACCUGUUGUUUGCUCAGCACUAAUUGAGAGUGAUGAGGAGACAACAGGAAGAAUGUAG